AGAGUGCAGCAGGGCCGGAAGUAGAGCAAGAGAGACGGCGGUGAGGCACGAUGGUGGCAACCAAGAGGAAACGGCGUGCGGAUUUAGCGGUUCAGGCGAAGAAGCCAAAGAGAAACGAAAAAGAUGCCAAGCCUCUAUCUAAGUCGCCGGUCAAGGCAGAAGAGGUGGAGGAAGAAGAGAGAGACCGUAUCCCAGGCCCUGUUUGCAAGGGCAAGUGGAAGAAUAAGGAACGGAUUCUCAUCUUUUCUUCUAGAGGAAUAAAUUUCAGAACAAGACAUUUAAUGCAGGACUUGAGAACGCUAAUGCCUCAUUCUAAAGCAGAUACUAAAAUGGAUCGUAAAGAUAAAUUAUUUGUGAUUAAUGAGGUCUGUGAGAUGAAAAACUGCAAUAAAUGCAUCUAUUUUGAAGCUAAGAAAAAACAGGAUCUCUAUAUGUGGCUUUCAAAUUCACCUCAUGGGCCAUCAGCCAAAUUUCUUGUUCAAAACAUUCACACCCUAGCUGAACUAAAGCUGACAGGAAAUUGUUUGAAAGGUUCUCGGCCUCUUUUGUCUUUCGAUCCUGCUUUUGAUGAAUUGUCACACUAUACAUUGUUAAAAGAACUCUUAAUUCAGAUUUUUAGUACACCAAGGUACCAUCCCAAAAGCCAACCAUUUGUGGACCACGUGUUUACUUUCACCAUUUUGGAUAAUAGGAUAUGGUUUCGUAACUUUCAGAUCAUAGAAGAAGAUGCUGCUCUUGUAGAAAUAGGACCUCGUUUUGUCUUAAAUCUUAUAAAGAUUUUUCAAGGAAGUUUUGGAGGACCAACUUUAUAUGAAAAUCCUCAUUACCAGUCUCCAAACAUGCAUCGGCGUAUCAUAAGAUCUAUCACAGCUGCAAAAUACAAAGAGAAACAGCAAGUGAAAGAUGUGCAGAAACUGAGAAAGAAAGAGCCAAAGACUAUUCUUCCACAUGAUCCCACUGAAGAUGUUUUUGUUAUACCAGCUGAGGAAAAACCACUAGAAAUACAGUGGGUAAAACCAGAGCCAAAAGUUGACUUGCAAGCAAGAAAAAAGAGGAUUUACAAAAGGCAAAGAAAAAUGAAACAGAAAAUGAACAGUGGGAAUGCAAAAUGAAUCAAUGGAUAAUAGUAUGUUUUUCAGUUAUUGUGUAUUUAUUUUGUAUUCAGUGUGUAAAUACUUUUAUUGAGGAUUACUUUUGUCUAAUUAGUGUGUCAUUUAAAAGAAAAUUUAAAAUCUUAAAGUCAGUGAUGUUCAUCAUUUUCCAAUUAAAAUAUCACCAGAACUCAUCA